AUGGAUCCCGCCCAGUUAGAGGGCCGGCGGCUCCUUGUGGAAGAAUUUGUCAAUUUAGAUCAUGUUGAAGCGUAUGCGCAAGCACUGCGCGAAGAAGACAAGACCCUUGGGCCGGGGAUGCGGCGGAUUUCUGCUGCGUCCGACUUUGCCCCAAUUCACGAGCAAGUGAAAACGAAGAGCGAGGUGGAUGACGUGCAGUUGCGUUCGGUAGAUCGUGGUAUCCCAGAAGGAUUUAUGUUUUUUAUUGUGCGAUGGCCGCUGCUUUUUAUUGUCUGGUGGUUUAUCGCGGUUGACUUUACUUUGUACGUGGCCAUUCGCCAAAUUGUAAAUGCCAUCGAGAAACUCGCUGCGUGGCGCGGCGAGAGUAGGCGUUUGCGGAACAAGAUGCGCGCUGCAUCUACCUAUGCGGAGUGGAAGCGCGCGGCAUUGGAGCUCGACGCGUUCCGGGGGUACAGCGCGUGGAAAGAGCAGGACGCGAGCGCAUAUUACGAUUGGCGCAUCAUCCAGCGCAUCAUUACUGCGCUGCGCAUGACGCGCAUGCAAGACGAUAGCCAUGCGCUAAUCGGCGUGCUGAACUUGUGCCUUAAAAACAACUUUGCGGGCAUUGAGAAUUUCGCGCUGUACAGCCAGUCGUUUUACGGGACGAAGCGCCUGAUCGAGCAGUACCACCACGAAGUGGAUCGCGCGCUGCACUACCUCGAGACGUGUCCGACAGUGGACAUAAAAGUAAAGCGCACAUUUUACGGCGUAUCUACUAUAAACUAUGGCAAGACGGCGCUGUGCCUUAGCGGCGGCGCCAGCUUUGCCUACUACCAUUUUGGCGUGGUCAAAGCGCUGCUUGACGCAGAUUUACUUCCCAGUAUUGUGAGCGGUACAUCUGCGGGUGGUCUCGUUGCCGCGCUUGUGUGCACAAGAACGAACAAGGAGUUGCGCGAGCUGCUGAUCCCCGAACUUGCCUACCGAAUCACGGGCUGCGACGAGCCGAUACAUAUAUUGCUCUUGCGCAUCUUUCGCACCGGCGCGCGUUUUGACGCCGUGCGUUGGGCCCAGAAAGCGCAGUUUUUCACUCGCGGAUCGCUGACUUUCCGCGAGGCGUACCAACGCACGGGCAAAACGCUCAACAUUAGUGUUGUGCCCUUUGACCAGCACUCUCCUGCACAGCUUUUGAAUUAUAUUACAGCGCCAGACUGCCUGAUAUGGAGCGCCCUAAUUGCAUCCGCAGCAGUCCCUGGCAUCCUUAACCCUGUAUUUUUAAUGCAAAAAGACCCCGACGGGUCUCUGCGCCCAUGGAGCUGGGGAUACAAAUUUCGCGAUGGGAGCUUGCGUGUCGAUAUUCCGCUGCAACACUUGCAUUCCCUGUUUAAUGUUACGUAUCCGAUCGUGUCGCAAGUAAAUCCCCACGUCCACUUGUUCCAUUACGGCAACCGCGGCACGCCUGGGCGCCCAACUGCAUACCGCCAAGGCAAAGGAUGGCGUGGCGGAUUUCUUCUUUCCGCCGCAGAGCUAAUUCUCAAAUUAAAUUUGACGACCAAUUUCAAGAUUUUGCGCGAUUUGCAGCUCAUGCCCAAGCUACUGGGCCAAGAUUGGUCCUCCGUCUUUUUGCAAUCCUUCCAUGGCGCCGUGACGAUUUGGCCAAAGUCGCGCUUCCGCGACUGGCCACGAAUCUUGACCGACCCAGACACGAACGAAAUGCGUCGGCUGCUAUUUUCUGCACAGAAUGUGACAUUUCCAAAACUCUACAUGAUUGGCAACCGCAUGCGCAUUGAGCGCGCUAUCACACGAGGGAGAGAAGCAUGUCGUGCUGUACGCGAAGCAAGUACAGAAGACGAUCCACCUAACAUUUUUACGCAGCCCGCAUCGCCUACACUAGACGUAGCCGGCAUGGAACUGAGCGAUCCGGAACCUGGAAUGGACGACUCGUCCACACCUAUGGAUAUGAACAUUAACUACAAGCACCCAGGACUAGCUACACCGCAGCACAUGAGCUGGCAGGAUCCUGUACGUUUGAAACGCCGCACCUCCAGCGUCUUGGAGACGUACUCCCCGCAAUGGUAUCGAUUUGUACAAAACCGCGAGUCGGAUUUAAUGGACUGGAAAACACCCCUCUUUACAGCAUCGCCCGAGCACGCAAGUCUCAGCAGCCACCGCACCUCUCGUUUUCCUUCGCCCGGCGCCGACACGCCCCCCGAACGCCAGUCUAGCCCCAACCCCUUUCGCGCGCCGUAG